AAUUUUUACCCGUUGAACAGCCGUUUGCCAGCCGUCGUCGACCUUUUCCUCUGGCGUUCUUAUCACUUGCACUUGGUGGUGCCCGCAGCAGAUUAUUUUUCUAGAAAUACCAUCAGUUUUCUGGUUGCCGUCGCAUUCCUCGAACCAGUCCGCUCCCUUCAAUAAUAAUUUGACGCUCACGAUGGCCGCUUCCACCAGGGUCUUCUCCAGAAUCGCAGUAUGCAAUUUAAUGGGCAUACGAUCAUCAUCAAAUACAGUUGAUCCGCGCAUUUAUGCGGAAACUAGAAAAAAUUUACUACUCACUAAGGAUACUAAAGUAAUUUGUCAAGGGAUGACUGGUAAACAAGGAACAUUCCAUUCUACUCAGGCUAUAGAGUAUGGAACUUGUAUGGUAGGCGGUGUCUCUCCUGGCAAAGGUGGAAAAACUCAUUUAGGUUUACCAAUUUUCAACUCUGUCAAAGAAGCACGAGAUGAAACUGGAGCGGAUGCUACAGUUAUUUAUGUACCACCACCGGGCGCCGCAAAAGCAAUCUCAGAAGCUAUUGAUGCUGAGGUUCCUUUAAUUGUCUGUAUUACAGAAGGAAUUCCCCAACAAGACAUGGUACGAGUGAAACAUAAAUUAAUUAGACAGAACAAAUCUAGAUUGCUUGGACCUAAUUGUCCUGGAAUCAUUGCUCCAGAACAAUGUAAAAUUGGUAUUAUGCCUGGUCAUAUUCAUUUGAAAGGAUCUGUUGGUGUUGUGUCUCGGUCAGGUACACUUACUUAUGAAGCAGUUCAUCAAACAUCUCAAGUUGGUCUUGGGCAAACACUGUGUGUUGGUAUUGGUGGUGAUCCAUUCAAUGGUACCGAUUUUAUAGAUUGCUUGGAAGUAUUUUUACAAGACCCAAAUACACACGGUAUUAUUCUCAUUGGUGAGAUUGGCGGUCAACAAGAAGAAAUGGCUGCUGAAUAUUUGAUAGAACAUAAUACUGGUCCAAAUGCCAAACCAGUUGUAUCAUUCAUUGCUGGACUAACAGCACCACCCGGUCGCAGAAUGGGCCAUGCUGGAGCAAUCAUAUCUGGGGGAAAAGGUGGAGCUCAAGAUAAAAUUAAUGCAUUAGAAAAGGCUGGUGUGGUCGUUACUAGGAGCCCAGCUGCAAUGGGAAUUGAAUUAUCUAAAUUGAUGAAGAAGUGAAUUCAUAAAUUGUUUGUUGGCUGUUAGUUUGGUAUUAUAUUUGUAAACUAUGGUGAUAUAGACUUAACGCGUUUUACCAUUGCAUUAAUUGGGUUAAAAUGGCUUUAAUUAGGAAUAAUGACUGCAUAAUUUUCCCUAUAAAUUUAAAAAUUCCAUUUUACCAUACAAAGCAGUACAAUGGUCCUUUUCAAUCCUUAAAUAUAUUUCAGUAAAAACGCUUUUGCUGAAUAGUCUUGAAAAUAAAUUAAAAAUUGGCACAAAAAAAUUAGCUGCACUUUUCGUUAGAUUAUUUUAUCUAAAUAAAAUCUGUUGAAUUGUACAGUUGUAAUAAAAUUACAUCAUAGUAUUAAAACCUAACGUUUUGUAAGUUAUAUUGUACUGUUAACCAUUUUGAAAAUCGUUAAAAUAUAAUUGUAUGUUGUUUUAUUUGAUCAACUAUAUCCUAUUCAAUAGAAAAAACUAGUAUAAAUCUUUUUCAAACCUGUUCAUUAAAUAUAAAAUAUGUGUAAAUUUUGCAUAACCAUAAGAAUCAAAUUAAAAAAAUUAAUAAAAUUUGGUAUUGUUUUGUCUAUAACAGACAAUUAAAUAUAGUUAUUCACCUUUUUAUAGUUAAAAAAUUAAGUGAGAAUAACUUUAAUCCUUCCUGUUAUAUUUUUGCCAUUAUAAUGGUAAAUACUAAAAUGAACAAAAGUAUUUCCUUCUGUUACCUAUAUUAAAAUUUACUAUAUUUAUUUAACAUUAUAAUUUUUAUUUUAAUAAUAAAAUAAUAAUAUUUUAUCAAGUUAAAAAUAUUUUCCCAUUAUUAUUUUGUAUUAUGAAUUAUAAUUAUGUUCAUAAGUUUAUAACAUUAAAAUACAUUCUUAAUAUUUAAA